AUGUGUGCACCUUGUUGAGAAAUAACCAGAAAACAGUGAGAUGAAUUGUAGUUUAAGUUGUAUUGACACAUCUGUGUGUUGUAGUAGUUCUUAUGAAAGCCUCUGUGACAUAGAUAGGGAAAUAUCAGACAUAGUAUUGUCAGAAGUUGGUCUGCUUUUCUGUCAGAGAACCAAAAACUUUUCAGUCUGUAAUGUUCAUUUGGAGAAAAUCUUGAUUAAAAACCGGUCUAAGAAUAAAUCUGUUCGAUGUGCUAUUCCAACACUACUUUCACACCAUAAGAAGACAGCUCCACGGGCGGAGAGAAAUAUUACAAAGGAUGCCAUGUUGAAGAUUCACAGCAGUACUGGCAUUGUACUGGCUAUUGGAACCCCUAUCUGUUCAAACUGCAGAAAACACUUGUCAUCAGGCAAACCAGAUGCACAUCUUGAGGUUUCAGAGCCAAGUGAGGAAAUCUCUGUAGAGACAUUAUCAGAGAUUGACAAUAACACAAAUUUAGCUUUAAACAUUGAUGGAGAGAAAAGAGAAGACAAAUGCUACAGUUCUGAUUCAUGUACAAAACUUUGGAAUGAUCACCAACAGGAAACAGUAACAGAUGGAGAGAGUCAAACAGAGAGUGAAAGUAUGUGCUUAGAGACAGGUGACAGCCAAUAUUCAGAGGCAUCAGUUUGUGUGAUGGACAAGUUACAGAAGCUGAAUUCCUUCCUGGCCAUAUCAGAUGUGUCACCUGUGAAAGAAAAAUUGAUUCCAUUAUCAUCAUCUACAGAUAAAACCAAGCAGAGAUGCCUGUCAAAAGCUCUACAAUGUAUGUCAGCCAUUUGUGAAACCAUCUGCCCUGGUGAGGGAGACUCUUUAAAAGAUUUGUUGUUCAAGUCUGUGUUUUCAGCACAUACACCUGAAAAGUCCUCUACACAUGAUCAAACAGCACUUAUAUUGAAGGACAUAUAUAUUUCAGCAGAAACAUGGUCAUUAAGAAGGCAAAUCCUAUCAGUUUUAUCCAGAAAUUAUAGCUUUAAUGAGGUCAGAGAGAUGAUACCGGAUCUGACAAAGUACCGAUUUUAUGCUGCCAAACUGCACAGUGAUGAAGUAGGCUGUGGUCUCCCUGUGUCCAAAGAAAGACUAACGAGAAACAAGAUAGACAUAGCAGAGUUGGAACACUUUAUAGAUUUCAUUAUCAGUUCAGAUGUUGUUAAAGAUCUACCUUUUGGUAUGAAAACUAUGAAGCUUACAACUGGAGAAAUAGUCGCUGUGCCGAAUUUGAUUCGAAGUCUUGCACCUUCAUCUCUUGUAAAUCAGUACAUUCAGUAUUGUGAAUCAGAAAAUGUUGGUCAUUUAGGAAGAAGUACAAUGUAUAAGAUCCUUAAUGACUGUUCUGCCUCAGUAAGGAAAUGUGUUGAGGGACUUGACUAUUACAUCGCAGAGGGUGGAAAGGCAUUUCAAGAUCUUGAAACCAUCAUAGAAAAACUCUGCACAUCCAGUGAAAAGAAGAAAGAACUGAAAUCCAAAUUGCUAAAUGGGAAGCGAUAUAUCAAAUCAGAUUUCAAGGUACAUAUCCAAAAAGAGAAUGCUGUUCCAGAUCAUUGCCAAAUGUUUGCACUAAGUGAUAGUGAAAAGUGCUUCUCCCAAAGUUGUAACACCCAGCAUACACACAGUUGUGAACAGUGUAUUGACUUGACAGACUUUUUAGCUGAAAUAAGUACUCUAACACAGAAUGGUACAUGGGACAAUAAAGAUUCCAUUGUAUUCCAGGUUGAAAAUGCUGUAGAAGCUAUAAAAGAUUGGAAAAGUCAUGCUAUGAGAGCUAGGAAUCAAGAAGGUGCAAAACAAGAUCUGCUAAAGAAUUUAAAUGAAAAUCAAGCACUAAUCACAUGUGACUGGGCGAUGAAAUUUCUUCCACGCAAAUUUAGAGAAGGUCAGAGUGACUGGUUCGCCAAACGUGGAAUCAACUGGCACAUUUCAGUAACAUUAUACAAACAAGGGGAAGAACUAAAGACAAUUACACAUGUACACAUUUUUUCAUCCCAGAUAUCUCAAGAUGGUUCUGUUACUGCUUCUGUGUUGUGUGAUGUAGUCCAUGACCUGAGAAAACAACUACCAAAUAUACAGGAGGUAAACUUCUUCUCAGAUAAUGCAGGAUGUUAUAAGAACACAAUGAUGAUGGUAGCACUUAAAGAUGAACUAGGAGAUAAGUUGAAAACAUACAAUUUCAGUGAAGCACAGGAUGGCAAAGGUCCAUGUGACCGCAGAGCUUCACAUAUCAAGGCAUGUGUUAGAAGAUACAUUAAUGAGGGACAUGAUGUCACAUCUGCAGAGGAGAUGAAAAAGGCUAUAGAUGUUAAACAGAAAGGAUCAUUUAGGGUUAGAGUUGUUGACAUUGUUACUAAUUUGGAUGCAGAGAAGUCACAGAUUAAACCAAUUACUGGAAUUACUCAAUUGCAUAAUUUUUCAUUUGAUGUCAAUGGAAUAACAGUUUGGAAGGCAUAUGGAAUAGGAGAAGGAAAGCGGAUAGCAUGGGAAAACAUCGGAACCACAGAGCAAAGAACCAAUCUGUUGGUUAAAGUUGAUUGGACAAUUACAGCUCCUCAGUUGUUGGAAGUAGAAGUUAUGGCACAAGAAGAAGAACUUGUAGAACCAAACCCCAAAAAACAAAAGAAGAACUCCAUCAAUCAGCCAUAUGAUUGCCCAAAAGAUGGCUGCACAAGAGCUUUUAAAACUCAAUGUGCACUGGAGCAACACAUCAUUGUUGGUAAUUGUGAUUAUCACAAUGAAAAAACAACUGAAGAUAAAGCCAAGUCAAUGUAUGGACAAAAAGUUAAUUCUUUGUUUCACGGAACAAGGGUUCAACUGGAUUGUAACUUUAAUGACUGCCGAACCUCAGAAUCAGUAAAGGGAUGGGCACUGAAAGGUAAAAAGAAAAGAACAGUUUUUACUCAAUCUCAAGUGAAUUACAUGAAGGAGAAGUUUGAUAUUGGGAAGGUAUCAGGUAGAAAAGUCGAUCCCUUUCAAGCAGCUGAUGAGAUGAGACAGCUGCAAGAAGAGGGGAAAUAUGUUUUUUCAAGGAAGGAAUAUUUAACUGGGCAGCAGAUUACAGCAUAUUUUUCAAGGUUGGCACUCAAAGACCGAAAGACCGACCUUGAUGAUUUCAGAUCUGCCGAAGAGGAAAAUAAUAAAAGAUGCCUUAAACAGGAGAUUUUGGACAGUGUUUCUUUAUAACUUUGAUUAAACAGUGUCUUCCAUAAAUUGAGCUCAAUUAUCUAGUAUCACAAUUUUUUGAAUAAUAUAUUUAUAGAUAAUUCAGUUUUAAUAUAUGUGUACUUUUAUGGUUUUUUUGUUAAUUCUAGUACGAACAAAACCCUUAUCUCAUUUAUCAAGGCAAAAACUUGAACUUUGCAAAUUUGACCUUGACAGUUUAAAGUUGUCCUGAAAGUGCAAUUGGAACCUUUUUUUUAACAUCAAAAGGACAUAUCCUUAUUCACUGACUAGCUUGAUUAAAAAUUGCAAUUCAAGAAGAUCUGUUACUCUUCUAGACCAA